AUGGGAGACGGAGCUUUAAUCGUAGCGGUAGCGAUUAAAGGGAACAACAGCAAAACCAAAGGCGUUGUUCGAUGGGCACUUCAACAAUUCGCUUCUCAAGAACAUGUCGUCUUCAAGCUCUUACAUGUCCAACCAAGAGACUCGCAUUCGGUUUCGUCCACAAGAUCCAAUUCGAACACUACAACGGUUUACAAGAAAGAUGUUGAUAGGAAAACCAGAGAGAUGCUUAUUCCAAGCAGAGACAUGUUUGCUCAUAGAGAGGUUGAAUUGGAUAUAAUGGUACUCGAAUCAGACGAUGUAGCUGAUGCAAUCUCUAAAGCUGUUCAAGAUCAUGGAAUCAGUGAGCUAGUUAUUGGAGCUUCCUCUUCUAUUAUCUUCUCAUGGAAGUUGAAGAGAAGCAACUUGUCUUCAAGAAUUACAGAUGUAACACCAAGAUUUUGCACGGUUCACGUAAUCUCUAAAGGAAAGCUUCUCAACGUUCGUAAAUCCGAUGUAGACAUUGAAACAAGCAUUGCAGAUGAGAGAAGCGAAAGCCAGUUCUCUUCAAGUAGCCAUUCAGGUAA